CCAUCUCCUCCAGCUCCUUAUGGUUAUGGGAGCUAUGGUGAUUCCUCUUACGGCUCAAGCCAAAAACAUUCUCAAUAUUCAACCUCUUCAAACUCUUAUAGUUAUUCAUCAACCACUCAUUCAUACUCAAAAAACAAUGGCAAACCUGUAACUUAUAAAACUGAAUCUUACAGUAAUUCAGCUUAUGGGGGAAACAAUAGACCAUCCUAUAAUUCAAAUCAAUACGACAAUCGUUCUAGAAUUGGUAACAGUUCUAAUUACAAUAGAAACAAUGACGACGAUGACGAUAAUUAUGAUUUUGAAGAAGCAACCGAUGCACAUGUUCCAACUAGAGAUGUUCAAAAUUUUGAUUCAAGAGUUAAAAAUUAUCAUUACAAAUACUCUGACUGUUCUGGUAAGAAAAAGGCUUUAUUAAUUGGUAUCAAUUAUAUUGGUACAAGUGCGAAAUUGAAUGGUUGUAUUAAUGAUGUUAAAAAUGUUAAAGCAUUUCUUUUAAAGAACGGCUAUUCAGAAGAUGACAUGGUUAUAUUAACUGACGAUCAAACCAAUUCCAGAGCCAUUCCAACAAAACAAAACAUGUUGGAUGCAAUGGGCUGGUUAGUCAGUGGUGCAUCUCCUAACGAUUCAUUGUUUUUUCAUUUCUCUGGCCACGGUUCGCAACAAGAGGAUAAAGAUGGAGAUGAAGAUGAUGGAUUUGAUGAGACAAUUGUUCCAUUGGAUUAUGAGAAAAAUGGACAAAUUGUUGAUGAACUUAUCCAUGAUACAAUUGUUAAACCAUUACCUGAAGGUUGCAGAUUGACUGCAUUGUUCGAUUGUUGUCACUCAGGCUCAGCAUUGGAUUUGCCAUACACCUACUCAACCAAGGGAUUGUUAAAAGAACCAAAUAUUUUGCAAGAAGCCGGUCAAGGACUAUUUACUGCUUUCCAAUCGUAUAUGGCUGGUGAUGCAGAAUCAGCUGUUAAAUCUGUUUUUGGAACAAUCCAGAAUGUUAUGAGUUUAAAGGCCAAUGAAGGAGCAUCAGAAAAAACCAAAAAAACUAGAACUUCACCAGCCGAUGUCAUCAUGUUGAGUGGUUGCAAAGAUGAUCAAACAAGUGCCGAUGCAAGUAUUGGUGGUGAAGCUACUGGUGCAAUGUCCUAUGCUUUUAUGAAAGUCAUGAAUACUGGUAAAAAACAAUCAUAUCUCAGUUUAUUGAAAAACACAAGACAAAUUCUCGAGGGCAAAUACAGCCAAAAGCCCCAGUUAAGUGCCAGUCAUCCAAUUGAUGUUUCUCUUCAAUUUAUC